CACACUCCAGGGGCGUGGAGCCUCAGCCCUCAUGUGUUACUGCCUCCUGCUGCCUCCCUGGGAUGGUUUCUCAGCUGCUCGCUCCCCAAACGCCGGCACCCCAGAACCCAUGACCUCGUCUACCCUCUGUCUGGGAGGAAAUGGGUUCAGUCAGCCAGGAAGACACACCUCCCACUUUUGGUGGCAGCAGUGGGAUCCAAAGGAGACAUCUGAUGGCUUAGGGGAUGAGAAACACAGGCAUUGGUACCCGCAAAACCUUUGAGUUCUCCAUCUUUGUCACUGAUUCUGAGAGCCGUGGAGUCAGCUCCAGAGUUUCAGCCAGCAGCAGAAGCAGAGCUGUGGGCAGUGGUGGAGGUAGAGCUGGCUCCAGCUCCGUUGACACCACACCCUCUAGCACUGGAGCCAGUGUCCCCUCUACCAGCAGUGUUGGAGCUGGAGCAAGGGCCAACAUGGGCUCCAGCAGGAGUGGGAGCUGCUGAGUUGGAGUCACCUGGACCAUCAUUUCUAGUGGGAAGUCCAUCUCCACCUGUGGCUAAGAAGCAUGAGAAGAAGCCCAACCUACGGCCUUCCCUCCUAAGCUGGUGGUGGAGCAGUUGACUGUGAUGGAUGCGGAGCUCUUCCGGAAGGUGGUGCCCUCUCAGUGCCUGGGCUCCACCUGGGGCAAGAGGAACAAGCCCAGCAAUGAGCACCUGGCACACACCGUCCGGGCCACCAUCGACCACUUCAGAAGGGUGGCCAGCCUCGUCGUCACCACCUGCCUCGGGGACCCGAGCAUGAUGGCCCAGGACAGGGAGUGCAAGAUCCUGAAGAACUUCUCCUCGCCCUGCACUGUCAUCUCUGUUCUGCAGAAAACAUCCAUAUGCCACCUGAAGAACACAUGGGGGAAGUUUCCUGGUGGGGAGAGCUCUGAAAAACUUAAGGAGCGCUAUAGCCAAGACGAGUCCUUGAGCAGAGAACUGAUGACCAAGGAGGGGCCUUCCACGUUUGCCCCCCGGAAAUCAGCCCCCAUAGAGUGCAGGAGAAGGAGAAGCAGCAGCAGCAGGUGAGUGUGCCUGUGGGGGAGGGGCUCUGCGCUCCCAGCUGGAGGCCUCAAAUCAAGAGAGGAGGGCCCUUUCUCUUGGUGCUACAGUGUCCGAAUCCCCCAGUAGAAGUGACCGGGAUGGCCUGGAAGAGCUGGUGCAGGAUGGGUUUGUUGUGGGGAGGGACAGGGACCGCAUACCCUGUGAUUUGCUAGAAGCCUGCCCUGGGAGGUGAGGAGGAGGAGUGUGGUGUUCUUGGGGUGUGAAGCAAGGAGGAAUUGAGGGGAGGCUGCUAAGGGUCCUAGGCUGUUCCCCGUGGGAACCCUGGGGUGGGCCAGGAGGCUGUGGCUGUGGACUUUUCAGGGGAGGGUAUGCAGGGGGUCGACUUGAGAGCAAGGGCUCAUCCCACCCGCACCCCAAUGUCACAGGGUGUCGUCCCCUAUCUUGGCACUUUCCUUGGUGACCUGCUUAUGCUGUGUCUGGCGAUGGGUGAUUAUCUCGAGGUGGGUGAACCUGAGGCCAGGCAGGAAGGACCACGAUCCUGAACCUUGGGAUGCGGGAGCCCCCGAAAUGUGCUCCGAGCUCUCAGCACUUGACACAUCUCUCCUGGGAGCCUCGCAGUGGC